AUGGUGUACAGCAACCCAUGGGACAGAAAUGACGAAAUGACAAAACCUGAUAAGAGGAAGCUCACAAAAUUAGCGCUGGAACUCGUCUGGGAGGCCAACUUGAAAAUGCGACAGGUUCUAGCGAUACGGGACCUGCAUUCCGAUAGUAUGGCAUUCGAUAUCGGUGUUGUUAUGGGUAGAAUUCGUGAGAAAUAUAGAAAAAUGGUGGAAACGUACAGACAGAUGCACGACAAGUACAACAAGAGGUCGAUAUUACUGGGCCCUGGUAUCAGGGAGCUGAAGCCACUGCACUACAUCGUAACAAUGGAGCUGGUGCAUGCUAUCGAAGUGGAGAUUGACAAGAUGGUAGGAAUACUGGAGAGUAUCGACGAGGAUGAGUUAAGAAAGGAUCGUCCAUCUGCUUUCGUGAGGAGCAGGGCGGAAGUAAAACAUGAACCCGAUGAAAAGAGGCAGAAAGAACAACAGCUGAAAAAGACUUACCGUAAGCAGUUCUUGCUGAGGAAAAUAGGCCUGCCCCCAAAUAGCACUACGAAGAAGCGAUUUCUCCAUCAGUGGCCUGUUGAAGAAAGCUGGACUUUGGGUCUAUAUGAUGAUAUAGGACUCUGAGAGUGAGACACGUUCCUGGGUGUGAUAAAAUCGGUAUAUUCAACUAGAAGAGCAAAAACGUCCCAGGAAUAUGGCAUUAAAAAACAAUGGGUAUAUAAAAACAGAACGUCAAAAUAUAAAAUACAAACUACAGGCAUUAGAGUAAAAACAAAAAAUGGUUAAAUCAAUCCCUCACGAUUGUGCGCGUUGCCUUUCCCGCGGUCCUGAUAGCGAGAAAGAACGUGUCUUG